AUGUCUGGUGAGGCUUUUGCUGACAGCCCACUUCCAUCAUCCUUCCCUUCCAUUGCUGUUCAUUCUAGUACUCUUGCUACCAAAUUGGAUGAAACCAAUUACUCACUUUGGGUGCUCAAAUUUUACCUCAUCUCCGUGCUCAUCAACUUCUCGGUUAUGUCAACAACUCUCUUCCCUGUCCACCAGAAUUCAAUCAAUAUGGUUCAACAAAAAUCAUCAAUCUCACACCAAACACCUGCUUCCACA